AUAUUUAAUAGUGUUGAAUUUUUGUAGAUAUGUAAAACAUUAAAUUCGUCAAGAAGAUCAAAAAAUUUAUUAGAAUCCGAUUCAGUACCAUUUUUCUUAGAAAAAAUGAGAAAAGGUCCCCCCGAUUUAACGAUAAAUCAAAACACGCGCGCUACACCGAUUUAUGGAUGGAUAACGCAAAGAGUUGAUCAUUUCAACCCGAACGAUUUAAGAACAUGGGAAAUGAGAUAUUUAAAAAACGACGAGUUUUAUGAAGACGGAGCUCCAAUUUUUAUAUUUCUCGGUGGCGAAUGGGAAAUUGGACCUAGUUAUUUAAUGACGGGGCAAUUAUAUGAUAUGGCGCGGGAACAUAAAGGAUAUAUGUUUUAUACUGAACAUAGAUAUUAUGGAGAAAGUUUUCCUACAAGUGAUUUAUGCACUAAAAGUAUGCAAUAUUUAAACAUAGAUCAAGCGUUAGCCGAUGUUGUUUAUUUUAUUGAGCACCAAAAAAUCGAAAUUCCAAGUUUAAAAGAUAGCAAAGUAGUUUUAGUUGGUUGUUCUUAUUCGGCAACGAUGGCUACCUGGAUGAGGAUAAAAUAUCCUCACAUGAUUGACGCAGCUUUUGCUUCGAGUGCACCUUUACUCGCUAUUGAAGACUUUUAUCGUACGUUUUAUUUGAAUUUAAAAAUUUGACAUUAAUUUUUGUAUUUUAGA